AUGCCACAACUGGACACAUCCACAUGAUUUAUCACUGUCUUAUCUACCAUUAUUACACUUUUUACCCUUAUACAAUUAAAAAUUUCACUCCAUAUCUUCCCACAAACACCAUCAGCAAAAUCCAUUGAACUUAUAAAAACAGACAACCCUUGAGAAUCAAAAUGAACGAAAAUCUAUUCGCCUCUUUCGUUACCCCAACAAUAA